CCAGGGGAAGGAGGGACCCUGGAGGCGGGGACAUGUAUAACCAAGGGCAUCAGAGCCGGGACUUGAACCCAGGCUCCCCGGUCGCCUCCUGUCCCCACGUGGAAUGAGCUGUCCGGGAAGGGAGUGAGCUCCCCGGCUUCUAAAAGGCUGGAUGACCAUUCAGUGACCCGUGACGGGCCCUGGAGACUAUUGAGUCCAACCUUUCCCCCCCAUUUUACAGAUGUUGAAACCGGGGCAGGGGCAGGGGCAGGGGCAGGCUUUGACCAGGGCUUUCCUGAGCCCACACCAAGCCGUCCAUCCGCUGCCCAGGCAGCCGCCUCGCCCCGCAGGGAAUGCGGACCCCGGGUUGGGCUGGGGGAGACGGCCCUGGUCGGCGCUCCCCCGGGUUCAGAUCCAGCCAGGGACAGACUCCGGAUCUGGGGACUACCUGACCGGCUUCCACAAGCGGAAGGUGGAGCGCAGGAAGGAGGCCCUGGAGGAGAUCCGGAAGAAGCUGAAGGAGGAGCAGAGGAAGCUUCGGGAAGAGCGCCACAAGGAGUAUCUGAAGAUGCUGAAAGAUCGGGAAGAGGCUUUGGAAGAGGCAGAUGAGCUGGACCAGCUGGUGACCUCCAAGACCGAGUGUGUGCAGUAUGAUCACCCCAACCACACAGUGACAGUGACUACCAUCAGCGACCUGGACCUCUCUGGGGCCCGGCGCCUGGGGCUGCCGCCACCUGGGGGAGAUGAGGACCCUGGAGCCGAGGGAGCAGAGACCCCCGCAGAUGGACCUCUCGGUGCUUUGCCCAAGAAGUCUCGGAACCCCUUCUUGUCUCAGAGGAUCUCCUCCCUCACAGCCUCCCUCCACGCACGGACCCAGAAGCGCACCAAGAAGAAACGUCCUCGUCCACACCGAGGCCCAGACUCUACCAAGAAGCCACCCAGUGCCACGCGAACCAGCAAGACUCACCGCCGCAGGAUGACCGGCAGAGUCAGGAACAAGAGAGACGGGGGCCCGGGGUAGUUUCAGGGCCUUCCCCGCCAAUCCCCUGGCCCUCUCCUUGCUCCCUCCUCCUUGAGGCUGGAACCUUCCAGGAGCUGCCAGGGAGCCCCCGGCUGCUUCACACUCUCCCAGCUGAGCAGGCCUGGUUUUGACGGCUCCCACCCCAGGGGCCAGGCUUCUUUGAUAAAACUGGGGGAUGUGGGUGGGGUGGGGUGCGGCUGAGCUCCCUGACUGUGCCCCAGCCUCUGAGAAGCCCUUCCCCCAAUUCCUACUUGUGAAACUGGGGUCCCCGAAGGGUCUAGGCAGGGAUGGGCCUGGCCUUGGGACCCUUGGAUGGAGAUCCACCCACUUGUUGCCCAGUGACUCCACCUGAGUGGCCUGUGCAGCCAUGGGAAAGACUGUCCUGGUUUCUGCCUCACUACAACAUGCAGUGUGACCAGAGAGGUGGCAAUAGACCUUGCUCUAGCCAGCAAGCAUUUAUUAGUCACUUCCUGUAUGCCCCACAGGUGGUGGGCAGGACUGAGCUCAUUCUAGGAAGUGCUGCCAGGAUAGGGGACCUCCGUGUUUGUGCCUCCUGGGGACUGGUCUGAGGAUCCCUGAAUGUUUGACCUUCCAGAGAGAAUGGGGGGCAAGAUGGCCAACUCCCCGCUGUUUGGAGGGAUGUUCUGGAAAGAAAGAAGCAGCAUUAGAUUGGACAUGUUGGCCAACACAAAACACUGGCAGGAAGUGCCUGAGACCAAUAGUGUCAUUCAGGCAGUUCUGAAGCACCUUCUGUGUGCUGUGUGCCCAGCACAAUCCUAGGCACUGGAGACAUGUGUUGGAGGAGUUAAACACUGUGCGAAAGGAGCUUGUGUGUUUGAUGGCAAAGACUCCCAGAGCGGAGUGGGGCUGCUUUGGGUGCUGGUGAGCACCUGUUCACACAGGAGGAUGCCCCCCUGGGGUCCACAUCUGUAAAGCUGGGGGAUUGGAACCAAUAGCCCCUGAAGAAGGUUCCUCCCAGGUCUGCUUGGCUACCCCUGUGGCAGAGAGUGUGGAAGAAGAGCCUUGAAAUUAUAUUGCCUUUGUCCAUGCUGUUUCAUGAAACAUUGCUAAAUGUUUUUUUU